AUGGCGGGUUAUUCCGUGGAGGCUACGCCGCCUACGACCGCCGACCGCAAGGAACGCGUGCUCGAUCACCAGCACCCUCUGUCCAUGUCUCCAUCUCCAUGGGCCGCGGCCGCACCGCCCACGCCUCAGGAUUCACUCGCAUCACCCUGCCAGAGCCCUCCGACAUCGCCGUCGCUGAAGUUGGCCGAACCCGUCUCGCCCUCCCCUGGCACACUCGACGAGGAUGACAAUGUCCUCAUGCAUGAUAGCGGCAGUGCCGCCAAGACGACGUUGAUUAGACGCUCAACGCCGACAUUGAUCACAAUUGGCCCCAAAGUUGCCCGUGAGAACCGAAUGCAGAACUGGCUGUCCGAGAUACCGCCUCCUGUGUCGCCACAAGAACGCUACAUCCAGGGCCUCAAUCCGGCCGUCGACCACCCGCUGCACCCCCGGCCGCUCCGUGCACGGGCACCCCGCCAAGCACCGUACCUGGGCAACACCGGUGUGACCGGGGACGACGACGCGCUCUCUCGUUCGUGUGAGAAACUGGCUAUUGACGCGUCCGAUAAGGAGAAUGCCAUGGUCCGCAACAGACUGCGGUCUCUGGGCAGCCCGCCUCAGAUCACGCCAACCAACGUGCUGGCCGAGAGGCCUGUCUUGGGAACGAAGAAGAGACUUCUGACAGAGGAUGCUGGUGACCUCUCUGCACGGAAGCGGACGAGACUUCUGGACCCUGUACGCCGCUUCUCGCAGCGCCUGUCUUCAUCGCUUACCAUGUCUUAUGGGGUGGCCGAGGAGAAGCGGGACAGUGAGGACCUGUCUCCCGAGGAGGUGGCGAAGCAAAACGAAAUGCUCUACAAGUUCACCCAUCUUAGCAAGACGCCAUCUAGCAGCAUCCGCUCGUCUCUGUCCAAGCGUAGUGGUACCUUCCGUUCGCAAGGGUCCAGCACCAUACGCCGUAUCAUGUCAUCUAGGUUGGCACCUGCUAUGCCACCGCCUUCACGCGAUGACCAGGUCGGAUUCUGGGCAGAAGGGCGGCCUGAUAUGAUUGUCAAUGUGGCUUUCAUUGGCGACGCUCGCGUCGGCAAGACGGCGCUGAUCAAGCGCCUGGUGUAUGGAAAUUUCCCCCAGACAUACGCACCGAGCUCCAUCCAAGAGGAGACGAUCCGUAUCAUGGUCGACGGCGUCCGUGUCCAGUUGAACCUCUCGGAAGGCGGCAGCGCUCGUGAUCCUUGUGAGCCAAGCAUUCUAGCACUCGGCUGGUUCAGUGUCGUGGUCCUCUGCUUUGACAUUGGCCACCACGGCACGCUCCAUAGUCUGCAGAAGUACCGUAAUGACAUUGCCAUGUACGAAGAGAACUCGGUUCUUGUGCUGGCUGGACUCAAGAAAGACGCUCGUCGCCGUUUGCCCCCUCUUCAGUUGACCUUUGUUGAGGACGCCGUGCAGGUCACACCGGAAAAGGGAAUGGACGCAGCCCUGAAGCUGGGCUGCACAGAAUACUUUGAGUGCUCGUCUCUCGCCUCCUGUGAGGGCAUCGACGACCUGUACGACUACAUUGCUCGGGCCGGUGUCGAAGUCCAAAAAAUCCGCAGCAAGACGAUAUCGCGCUUCCGCUUCGAGCGCACGGUCGAUAAGGGCAUGGCCAAGAUCGCCGAGGGCGUCCGGUCGAUUUUCACUUUUAACGGCAGCUCCGCUUAG